AAUUUGCUUCUAGAAAAGCCUGCAAUCUUCAACAAACUCAAAACCAAAUCAUAAAAUUUGGCUAAGAGAUUCCCAACUAGGCCAAAAUAAAUGUAUUGCAAUCAUUAUUAAUUUGGUUUGGUACCCUCUUCAAUACAAAACCUCAUUCACUUUCUUUCUUCCUAAUUAACUUCGUCUUCACGUAAACCUGCUCGCGCAGCCGUAUGCUCUUUUAACCAGAGCGAGAUCAAACCCAAUGGGCUGUCAAUGGCUGGCGUUGUACGCUCCUUUCGGAGCACUUUCUCUGAGCAGAGGAACACGAAGAUCCAUGGAGGUUUGGACGCACACUCGAAACGCUGCUGCCUCGGAAUGACGUCGCUUUCAGCUGAGGAAGUUUCCCAAUUCAAUCGGUUCAGAGUUCAAAGCUUUCAACUCUUUCUUGUUGGCUUGUGAAUCCCACUCUGUUUCCCAGAAAUAUCGGAGUUUUCCGGGAGCUUCCAGUUCAGGGGUUUGUCAACAUUGUUUAUGAACUGCAAGAGAAAGGAGGAGAGGAGAGCGAGGGUGUCUGGGUUUGAGCGUUUGUGUUGAUCAAGGUGUAUGGCUUUGCAUGCUGUUCAUUCGUGGACGUUAGGUGCUCUGGUGGGGGCUUUUCUUGAUCUUGUUGCGGCCUAUAUCCUGCUCUCCGUAUCCAUUUUUGCUUUUAUUGCUUCGGAAAUUCUGGGCCUUUUUGGGGUCUGCUUGCCCUGUAUUUUCAAUGAAGUUUUUGGGUUUUGGGAUGGUGGUAUUUCCUUGCUGGAGCUGCUGUUUGAUUGGCCGAGACAGAAGAUCUCGACUGUCCAAGCGACCGCCAAAAGCAGGUUCCCUUUCAGUUCGAUGUGCGUAAAGAAUGAUGAAUUUUGCCACAUGAAUGUGAAGUUAAUUGAAGAUAGAAGCAGCAGCACUGAUUGUGGAGCAGUUGAAUUCGAGGGAGAAGUCUCUGAGCAAUCUUUUGGGCACGGUAAUUUCUUUUCUAAGCAUUCCUUGGGUAGAAUGAGAUAUAGAGCUCCGGCAAGCUUCGUUCCUGUAGAUGGAGGGGAUGGUUUUCAUGAUAUUAGGAAUACUCCAACUUGUGCAAGUACUCAGCAGAUUAUGAAAUUGAGUGGAACAAUUAGUGAUGUUGAGGCAGUGGACAAGGAUUCAUCGUCUGCCAAAGGCUUCGUCAAAAAUCCUCAAGAUAGAAUGGGGAUUUCUCAAAACAAAGUGAAUGCAAUUAGAGAAUUGGAACAAGCACUUGAAGAAGAGAAAGUGUUUUGUGCAGCUCUUAGCAUUGAACUGGAAAAAGAGAGAGCUGCUGCUGCCACUGCUGCAGAGGAAGCUAUGGCCAUGAUACUUCGCUUGCAAAAGGAGAAGGCAUCAAUAGAAAUGGAAGCUCGCCAGUAUCAAAGGAUAAUAGAUGAAAAAUCUGCUUAUGAUGAAGAGGAGAUGAAUAUUCUCAAAGAGCUCCUUUUUAUAAGGGACAGGGAAAAACAUAUCUUGGAGAGACAAGUUGAUGCUUAUAGGCAGAUGACAUUUCUAGGGAAUGAGCAGGUGGGAGAUGACAUGCAUGAUAUGGAAAUUAAUUGGGGACAGAUGCUUGCAUCUUCCCAUUAUUUGAAUGAGGAACCUCUACUGUUGCAGCAACAGAUUGAUGAAUCCAUAAGUGACAAGGAAAUGGGAGAAAAUAUUCUCUGUUCUUCAAAUAAUGAAGCUCUACAUGUUCAGAAACAAAGUCCUAGCUGGAAUUUACAUGGUGAUAUUGUGAAGCAAAUAAAUCUGGAGAAAAAAGUUGGAGAAGGUGGGGACCAGAUAGGCAGCAAUUUGCAUGGUUGCAAGGUUGAUACAGCGUUAAAUGUCCACGAAAAUAAACCUAUCCUUGCAGAUGAAGGAAGUGCAAAAGAAAGUGGAUCAUCUGUAUGUGCUGCUUUGGGUGGAUCUAGAAAUUGUGCUCCCUCAACUGGAGUUUCUUGUGCCAGCUGUGGUAGAAUUCUAAGUGAUUUUCCUGGCAUGGGCAUGCCAGAAACUGAGCAUGGAAUUCACAGAAAUAAUUCAAAUGUGAGUAGUGGGUCAUUGGUGAUAGUUAAUUCACCAGGCCAAACCCUUUCUGUUGAUCCAGGGUGGACUUGUACACCUGCAGUUAGUGAUGAAAGGAUGAAAAUUGAAGCUGAAAUUGAAUCUUUCAGAGGAAGGCUGCAUGAAGUUCAUGAAGGCAGGGAUAAGUAUAGCUUUUCCUCAGAGCACUUGCAAGUGGAAAAAAUGUUGAAACUUUUGGUGGAGAUAACAGAUGAGCUGAAAGUGAUUCGACAGCUAACAGGACCAAGAAAGGCUGUGCAGCCAGCUUCUCUACCUCGACCACCUUCUAAGGACAUUCUCGCGGUCGGGCUUAGAGAGCUCGAGGGUUCAUAGCAUUUUGAGUAUUAUAAAGAGAAAUUGUAUAUUUUGAUAAUAUUGUUGGGUUGUAUAAAGUUUAAGUUUAUGUUUUUAUGCUUUAUGUUUUAAGUCUGUUGAGAAAGAAAUGAUUGUGAAUACUGGUUGUGGAUUAAGUUUUUGAGGGUUUAUGGAGUUGUAAAUACAGGUGGAUGAAUGGUUAAUAUGGAUUAUAUGUAGAAAUAGUAAACUCUGGUAUUAUAUUUAUGUAGAUUAUGUUUAUGUUUUC